UGUGCCCCUCCCCCUCUCUUGCAGGACUUCCUGGAGACCCUGGAGGACUUGGAUCUGAGCUACAACAACCUGGUGAACAUCCCCUGGGAGACCAUCGCCCUGUUGGUCAGCGUCAACACCCUGAGUCUGGACCACAACCUGAUCGAGAGCGUCCCCGAGGGAAUCUUCUCCAACCUGCACAAGCUGGCCAGACUGGACAUGACGUCCAACAAGCUGAAGAAGAUUCCUCCCGACCCGUUGUUCCUGCGGAUCCCGGUGUACGCUAAGAUGAAGGGUUCCCCGCUCACGGCGCUGGUGUUGAGUUUCGGAGGGAACCCUCUGCACUGUAACUGUGAGCUGGUGUGGCUCCGCAGACUGACCAGGGAGGACGACCUGGAGACCUGCGCUUCACCCAAAGACCUGGCGGGCAAAUACUUCUGGACCAUCAGAGAGGAAGAGUUUGUCUGUGAGCCCCCGAUGAUAACUCGUCACACCUCCAAGAUGUUUGUGAUGGAGGGUCAGGAGGUCAGCCUGCGCUGCAAGUCCAUCGGAGAUCCCGAACCUUCGACGCACUGGGUCAGUCCUGACGGGAAGUUGAUCGGCAACACUUCCAGAACCAUCUGUUACGAGAACGGCUCGCUGGACAUCCUCAAGGCCUCGGUCAAGGAUUCUGGAAAGUUCACAUGCAUAGCGUCUAAUGCAGCCGGGGAGGCCACUGCUCCUGUGGAGCUGGUCGUCAAUCCGUCUCCGCACUUUGACCCCAAACUGGACCCUGACCCGGGGCCGUCGGACAUCCCCACCUCCAUCAAGUCCAACGUCAGCGGAGGCCACGCCCGGUCUGACCAGCAGAGGGUCAGCGUGUCGGAUCUGUCGUCCAGCUCUGCGACCAUCAGGUGGCCCCCGCAGAACCACAUACCAGGGGUCCGCAUGUACCAGAUCCAGUACAACAGCUCCACAGACGAUAUUCUGAUAUACAGGUAA